UGGCGCCGGAUGAGAUGAAUGACGUUAGCCUAGCCUGGAUUUUGGGCAGUUAAUGCAACAUCUUUACCCAUUAAUGUGCGCUAAUAUGGAGGAAGAGCAAUUCACAGAACGCACCUGAGACUACUUUUGCACAAUGUAUACGAGAUCCAACAACCGCACGCAGCCCGACUGCAGGAGCAGUAUCACUGACCUGCUCAGCGCCCUGUGUGACUGCAGCCUGUCUGGGAUUUCAUGGAAGCGCCGAGCCCUAGGAGGAGUUUCUAGAGAAAGUUUCCACCGAUCUCUUAAGAGGCGUGCCUAUGGUGCCCUGCUGUCUAAGCUAUUUCAAGAUGGCACCAAAGGGUCUUCCUCAGGACCAAGCAAUAAUACACCACCCAGAAACAAAGUUCUGAUGAUGAGCUUUGACCUACGGGUCGCAGGGUGCCGAGAGGAAGCAGAAACGUUGGAAGAGCAGCUGGAGAGGCUUCCAGAAGGAGAAGCAUCUGGUCUGAAAGAAGUUGAUGCCGUCUUAGAGCUCCUGGUUUUUCUAGCGGGUUCUGCACCUCCACCGCACACUUCCUUCAGCAAAGACUACAUGAGACGAGAGAGACCCGUGCUGCGGAGGCCUCGACCCUGGAGUUACCAGAGUGAGGAGCUGCAAAGGCUUGAGGCCCGAGCAUGGGGUCUGGUGUGUGGGGAGGAAUGGGGGACAUUGGAGAAUCUGUGUGAAACUCAGAGGUUGAUGGAUGCUCCGCCGGGGACGGGGCUACUAGCUAUGAGGAACAAAUUGGAGCCAGAAGAAAAAUUUGAGAGGGACACUAGGCUGACAUUGUUUGGAGCACUGCAGCACACUCGCACUUCAGACAUGGACAUAAGACUGGACCUGCGUCCUGUCCCCAGUAAUAUUGAUGUUACCGGGUUAACUAUCAGGGUUCCUCCCUGUUUAGAUCAGUCUGAGGAUGAAGGCUUCCAGUCAGCCUCAAACCUGACGCCAGACUCUCAAUCAGAGCCAAGCCCUAUUCCAGAAAUUGAUGUCUGGGAGGCUCUCCGUACAUUUGAGCCUGGAAGAAGUCGCUGCUGGGAGUCUGUUGGCUGUCCACCAGGAAAAAGGGGGUCUUUCUAUCUCACGGAAGGAGGAAGAGAGGCCUUUGACCAGCUAUAUCGGCUAUGGGAGGGGGAGAUGAGGGUGGUGUGUGCAAAUACACCCUCUCCAGUCCUCCCAUUGCCUCUGGACUCGCAAAAACAAUUGGUAUUUGACCUCCUUAAUGUCCUGAUUGGAGUGGCAUCCACCACCUUCCCUCUCAGCCAGAGUGUUCAGUUUGAUGUCAGGCCUGGUGUGUGCGUGUCAGGAGCUUCUCCAGAAAGCGUAUCUCGUCUCUUGGGGGAGUUGGCCCAAUACGGCACCUACUACCUGAGGCUGAGCCGCUUCUCUCUGCAGAGCGCCGACAAGAAGGGCCUAGUUUUCCAGGCGUUCACCGGUGGUCUGAGGAAGUACCUGCACUACUACAGGGCGUGUGUCCUGAGCACUUCACCCACUCUCAGCUUAUUGACAAUCAGCUUCCUCUUACGCAAAGUGGGCCGUCAACUCAGGUACCUGUCGGAGCUGUGCUUGGUCGACGGGCCUUUGGGUGCCGGCCAAGCCACCUUUCCUGUGGGUGUUAAACUGCUGUCCUACUUGUACAACGAAGCUCAGAAUAACUGCAGCAACGAGAACUACCCCGUCCUGCUGUCACUGCUGAAGAGCAGCUGUGAACCGUACACACGGUUUGUGUCUGACUGGGUAUACAGCGGCGUGUUUAGAGACGUGUAUGGAGAAUUCAUGAUCCAAGUCAAUGAGGAAUACCUGAGCUUCAGGGACAAACACUUCUGGGUUCAAGGGUACACUCUGAUCUCAAAGGAUGUGGAGGAUUGCGUACCAAUCUUCCUGGGACAUAUUGCCAAUGAUGUGUAUGUCUGUGGAAAGACCAUCAACCUCCUCAAAAUCUGCUGCCCACAGCACUACAUCUGCUGGUCAGAGCUGCCGGUGCCGCGCAUCGCUGUCACCUUCUCGCUCCAGGAGGUGGAGGAGAUUGAGAGAGACUGCGCCGUGUAUCGUGGACGCAUGGAGAGGAUUGCUAAGCACAGCGCCAUCAGCAGGGAAGAGAAAGCCCUGCGAACUGAACUGGCACGUCAGGAGCUGAUCAAUCAGGUCAGAGAGUCGGCAGCAAAAACCCUGGAGAGUAUCCGAGGGCGCCAGGUGUCGCUACGUCUGGCUGAGGAGGCCAAAAAAAGGGAGCGUUUUGAGGAACUGAAGCACCACCUGGAGCAGGAGCAAGAGUGGAGAAAUUCAGCCAAGAAGAAGCAGGAGGAGGAUGACUUCAGCUUUGCCAGAGAGCUGAGAGACAGAGAAAAGAGACUACAAGCCCUGGAGGAGCAGCUGGAGCAGAGAGCCAGAAAGGAGCUGAUUGCUCAGUACAGCCGGUUAUCAGAGGAAGCGGCUCGCAGAGAAAGACUGGCCAUGUGGAGAGUGCAGCGAAUGAGACUUGACGACGCCCGGGCUCAGUUCUUUAUGCUUGACAGGCAGAAAAUUCAGGCAAUGCUGGAGAAGUAUCUGUUAGGUCAAGAGAGACCUCCCAUGGAGGUAUUUUCGCCUGUUCCCUUUGUGCAACAGACACCACUACAACAAACCCUGCAGGUAUCUCGCUCUCAGGAGGAACAGUCAGGAGAGACCCAAGAAUCAGAAGCUGCGUCACUGCCACAAGAUCCAUCUAUAGCAGAUGCUGCUCUCGUCUCUGAGGACAUUGACAUCAAUGACUUUCUCCCUAAAUCAGAGAAGCCUGACAGAAAGGAAAUGGAUAAAGCCCUGGAGGAGAUCAGCUCCGAGCUACCUGAAGCCUGUCCUACUGCACAACUCGUAGACUAUGACUUUAGUGCCCCCUUUAGUCCGCUUGAGGGUAUGGGUGGCCAAGCACCAGUCCAGUCCAGGCCUCGCUGGGGAUCUGGUGGGGACCAUGACAGUGUUGACGGCCAACCUUCACAAGCAGCUCCAAGCCUCUCAGUGACGGAUCGUAGUCACAAGGAAGCUGGAUCUUUACCAGAACAAAAUGCUGAAUCUAAGAUGGUCUCGGACGAUAGGGUGGGGACUGAAAAGGCAAACGCUCAACACCACAUCUCAGAUCCUCUCAAAAAACAUCCCUCCGACGCUCACAUAAAAGUCGGACUGUACAUCUCUGAGGUCACUCCUUCACUUCCCUCUCCAAAUGUGCACGGUCAUGCCUCAGAUUCACAAAUCAAGAUUGAAGAGCAGGUUUCAGAAAUGGUUGCUCCUCUACCAUCCCCCAGUGUCCAUGGCCACUCUUCUGAUUCUCACAUCAAAAUUGGGGAAAAUGUUUCUGAGUUUGUCCCCCCGGUUCUGACUCCAAGCGUCCACGGCCAUGUCUCAGAUGCCCACAUCAAAGUUGGAGAGCUUGUUCCGGACGUAAUUCCCCCUCUGCCUUCGCCGAGUGUUCACGGUCAUAGCUCGGAUUCUCAUUUUAAAGUUGGGGAAAAUGUAUCAGACAUUGUUGCACAUUGUCCUGCCCCGAGCAUUCACGGACACUCCUCUGAUGCCAAUAUAAAAGUGGGCGAGUUUGUGUCCAACGUUCCUGAAGCAAGAUCUCGCUGGAGUAAGCACGGGCACGCCUCCGAUUGCAUCCUUGAGCCGGGCUGCAUGGUAUCGGGAGCAGACCUGCCCUUGCUCCCUCUGCAUGGAAGCUCUCACGGUCACUCCUCUGACUCCACGUUAAGUCUCGGGUGUAUUGUUUCAGGCGCUGAGGCCAAGCGUUCUCCCUUACCCGGCAGUGCUCAUGGCCACUCGUCUGACUCAAGCUUGGGGAUUGGCUGUGUCCGCUCCGGAGCUGAACCUCUUCCGUCUCCACUGCCAGGCAGCGCCUACGGCCACUCGUCUGACUCGGCCCUAGGACUCGGGUGUAGGGUUUUAGGAACAGAGCUGCCACAUUCUGCACUCCCAGGCAGCGCGUACGGCCACUCGUCUGAUUCUGCACUAGGAGUUGGGUGUGUGGUGCUGGGGACGGAGCCGCCUCCUCCUGCGCCUGUGGGCACCAACUACGGUCACUCGUCUGAUUCUGCACUUGGAGUCGGAUGUGUGGUGAAAGGGAAAGGCAGUGGAAAUCAGGAAAAAACCAAAGAUGAGGACACCAAAGGUUCCAGGUCGGGCAGCUCCAGCGAGCAGCUGCCUGAUGGAUUAGGGUCCUGGGCGUCCGGCUCGGGGCUCUCGCCGGGAGAACGCUUUGAGAAGGAAUACCUCCAGGCUUUGUCAGCUCAGUACCAGGUAGAGCACUACGAGGACUGUUAUGACCUAAUAGCGUCGUCUCCUGAAUGUCAGCUGCUGAAGCAGGUAACGCGGGGGCCCUGGGGCCUUCCUACGGACCCCACACUCAGCAGAGCUACAGACACCACAGCUGUCCAACUCAGCGAGAUGGUUUCCCUGCCAGUGCUGAUAAAACACUCUGUCACUGCUCCACUCAUCACACAUGUGUCUUUGGUGAAUAAGGCAGUGGUGGACUAUUUCUUUGUGGAGUUGGGGGUGGAAAAACACUUUGAAGCGCUGCGCCACUUCCUGCUGAUGGAGGACGGUGAAUUUGCACAGUCCCUCAGCGAUCUGCUCUUUGAAAAGAUGGGCAGUGGACAGACACCAGGCGAGCUGCUGACCCCGCUGGUGCUGAACUCCAUCCUCAACAAGGCCCUGCAGUACAGUUUGCACGGGGACACGCCUUUAGCCGCCAACUUCACCUUUGCCCUGCGUUUCUUCCCCGAGACCUUUCAUCCACACGCCCCGGACUCUCUCAACUGUUUGGAGCUACGCUACAAGGUGGACUGGCCGAUGAAUAUCAUCAUCACAGACAGCUGCACGAACAAGUACAACCGCUUGUUUUCAUUCCUGCUACAGCUCAAACACAUGGUGUGGAGCCUGCGGGACGUCUGGUUUCACCUCAAGAGAACAGCUCUGGUGAAAGGUGCGGGCCGCUCCGUGCAGUUCCGCCAGCUGCAGCUGUACCGGCACGAGAUGCAGCAUUUUGUUAAAGUCAUUCAGGGCUACAUCGCUAAUCAGAUCCUGCAAGUGUCCUGGAGUGAGUUCACAGCCAAACUGGCCACUGCCAACGACCUGGACGCCAUCCACCGCACACACGCAGACUACCUCAACAGAGCCAUCUUCAGAGCUCUCCUAACAGAGAAAGCAGCUCCGGUCAUGAACAUCAUCCACAGCAUCUUCAGUCUGAUCCUGAAGUUCCGGGCCCAGCUGAUCGCCCAGCGCUGGGACGACCAGCAGGGGGAGGCCGUGCACCCCAGCUUCAUCGCCAUGCAGCAGUCGUACAACACCUUCAAGUACUACUCUCACUUCCUCUUCAAAGUGGUGACGAAACUGGUGAACAGAGGUUACCAACCUCAUCUGGAGGAUUUCCUGCUUCGCAUUAACUUCAAUAAUUACUACAAAGACUCCUGAACUUUCUCCUGGUGUGCAUGCCGUACAUGAGCCAAGUGUCAAAUACCUUCAUGCACUGUGAGUUUUUUUAGAAGAUCUUCUGUACUCCAUUCAAGUGUUUAAAAAUGAGUUUUAAGACAUAAUUAUGACUGCAGUUUAGAUAUGCCAUCCGUGUGCAAAGCUUCAAAUAUGUGCACUGGAAUAAUAUUAGACCAUUAUGUGUCUGUGUGCUGCCAGUGGCGUGAGAAGCUAAAGUCCGUCGUCCUGCGUCACAUGCUCAGGUGUGCCUACAGCCGUGUACAUUUGAACUUAAUAUAAAUGUAAUGUCUUCGUGUAAAUACAAAAUGAGAGGACUUUGUUUAAUAAAAGCUCUGAUGUUUUA